GCGGCCGACCAGAGCCAGAAGCCCCACCUCUGCCUGGGCUCAUGGGAGUUGUAGUACGAAUCCAGUCAGGGCUGGAGUCAUGGCGGUGACCAAGGAGCUGUUACAGAUGGACCUGUACGCGCUGCUAGGCAUUGAGGAGCAGGCGGCUGACAAAGAGGUAAAGAAGGCAUACAGACAGAAGGCCCUCUCCUGCCACCCAGACAAAAAUCCAGAUAAUCCCAGAGCAGCUGAACUCUUCCACCAGCUUUCUCAGGCCUUGGCAGUGCUGACCGAUGCUGCAGCCAGGGCUGCAUAUGACAAAGUCAGGAAAGCCAAGAAGCAGGCAGCAGCAAGGACCCAGAAACUUGAUGAGAGAAGAAAAAGAGUGAAGCUUGACCUGGAGGCCCGGGAGCGGCAGGCACAGACCCAGGGGAGUGAGGAGGAGGAGGAGAGCCGGAGCACCAGGACACUGGAGGAGGAGAUUGCACGCCUACGAGAAGAAGGUUCCCGGCAGCUGGAGGAGCAGCAGAGGCUGAUCCAGGAGCAGUUACGCCAGGACCGUGAGCAGAGACUGAGAGGAAAGGUGGAAAAUACUGAAGGCAGAGGAACUCCCAAGCUAAAGCUAAAAUGGAAGUGCAAGAAGGAGGAUGAGUCCCAAGGUGGCUACUCCAAAGAUGUCCUCCUGCAGCUUUUACAAAAGUAUGGCGAGGUUCUCAACCUGGUGCUUUCCAGUAAAAAGGCAGGCACUGCCCUGGUGGAGUUCGCUACUGUCAAAGCUGCGGAGCUGGCUUUCCAGAAUGAAGUAGGCCUGGUGAAUAACCCUCUGAAGAUUUCCUGGUUGGAGGGACAGCCCCAGGGCAUGGUUGGCCCCAGCCACCCAGUACUGUCAAAGGGUUCAGUGCUGUCCGAGAGGGACUAUGAGAGCCUCGUCAUGAUGCGCAUGCGCCAGGCAGCUGAGCGCCAACAACUGAUCGCCCAAAUGCAACAGGAGGACGAGGGGCAGCCCACGUAGCCUCAGACUCCUACCCUCCCUCCCCAUAGCCUUUUUCUUAACCAGUUCCAAUAAACUUUUU